GGCUCCACCGCAUUACCCUACGCUUACUACAUCUACAUGCGAAUCUCCUCCUCCGUCAGUGGGCCGGUCGAUUUGAUCCCUGCUGCCUUCCUCUCCCUUUAUACUUGACCCCGAUGCAGCUGAAGGCGAAUACAUGGCUGGGUCCCGCAGGAGUCCGGUGUUGAGAGACCCGUGGAGAGCCGGCAGCGACACUAGAGACCAGAGAGACCGGGAAAGACACCGGCCUCGAGGCUCCUACCGUGGUGAUAGAGGACGGGACAAAUUUCGCGACCGCGAGGGUCGUCGCGGUUCCAAAGAGGGCAGGCCGGAUCAUCCUCCACGGUCGCCGCCACCGCGUCCUUUCCCACCCCCCGACCACGAGCCUCGUCAGCACCGUGAUUUUUCACCGAAUCCCGUCUCCGCUCGCGGUUCCCCUGGUCUUCCACACUCGGAGCCCUACCCUGGUCGGAAGACUGACCGGCAUCGCUCACCCUUGCCCGCCGACCAUCAUCCAGACCUCAACCCGCGCCAUUCGUUUGACAGAAACUACCGCAGAGACGACUCGCCGUCCGCACCUCCCUCCAAACGCAAAAGAACACGGAGUCCCUCUCCCGCAGGCUUCGACCAUCAUCCCAACCGCCCGGGCCAUCGUUAUCCCCCCUCGAAUUUCAGUGACGACCUAGAUCGCGGUUUCCCAUCCAACAGGCGAGGGCGAUAUCUCGGUCGCGGUAGGCCGGGUCGAAGACCGGCCCCUCGACGCGGAAUCGAGCGGCGUGGGCCCGGUGGUCGACGUCGAACUCCUCCUCCGCCAUCAAGGCGCUCGCGGUCCCCCAUCCGUGGAGGAAAAUCUUACACGUAUCCGCGUCGCCGCUUCCACAGCCCCCUCCCCGAGGACGAUCACGAGGACGGUCCCCGCUACCGGUCACUAUCUCGCCAUUCCGCGCAGUCGGACGAUUCGAGAUUGUCUGCAGACUCUCGUCCUGACUCUCGCCGCGACUCUCUGGGUGAUAUGGCAAUCCACUCCACAAGGGGCCCCCGGUCCAUAGCGGGUGACUCAUACAGGUCCUCUUCUCCGCCCCGGGAACCCUCAGGGCGUGAUGCCGACAAUGUUAGUGGUUCGGUAAACGGAGAGGGCGCGCGCGAUUCAUUCCAGCGUCCGCGCACAUCUCGACCGUAUGCUGAUACCCAACAUUCGGGAUCACUGCAAAACGCCACACCAACUAAUUCUUAUCACGGCUCUCCGCAGCCGGGCUCUCCAUACUCAAGCGGUCGCGGUGGACGGGGUCCUCACGGUCCUUCCUCUCCGUAUCGACCAAACAAUUAUACCACAGGCGGCCCACAAAGUCGAGGCCCGUCACCUUAUUCCGGACCUUCCUACCGUGGCGGCCAUUCAGGGUACCGUGGCAACUAUCAAGGCCCCAGCGGCGACCGCCGCUACCCCAAUGCUGGACCCCAAAGUCACAAAAAUGGGCCUUUACCGCAUGGACGGAGUAGUUUCAACAAAGCACACUGGAAGGUCCCGAGCUCGCGAGGUCGAGAAGGCCCUUCUAGCCCUGUCGAAUCGCAUGGGAGACCGUCACAAAGCCCGCCCCCGCCUCCGGUGGAUGAGGCACGUCCGCAUGCUGACGAAAGUGAUGAUCGGCUUGAACUUCCAGGUAACGACCCCCGAGCUGAUUCUGACGGGUCGAAGGCCGUCACAGAGGGAGGUGCUCAAGCCAAUACACUCCCUACCGCACAACCCGACACUUCUGCCACCCCCAGCAAAGGAGGCAAGAUCAGCUUCGCCUUUAAGGCCAAGGCUGCCCCAGCUCCAGCGACUAAACCAGUUCCAGACUUGGCUCAGCGAAUGCUAGCACGAGAGCCACCUCCGCGUGCUGCUGAGCCUCCUCCCCGUAAUAGAUUGUCUAGUGGUCCUCCAUCAAAGUUCAAGCCCGACCCACGCUUUGAUCGUCGUGACCGCGAUCGGGAUAGGGACCGAGACCGGGACCGCCAUCGCGAUAGAGACCGAGGGAGAGACCGCAGAGACUUCCGUGAUCCGCGUGGCUUCCGUGAACCGCGAGAUCCACGCGACUACAAAAGGGAGGAUCGUCGAUUUGAUCCUCGCAGUGACAGACGAAGGGGCGACAGAAGACCAGACUUCCGCCCUGAGCGCCGCCGCGAGCGUUCUCCUGAACCGCGCUCUCCUGAACCGCGCUCUCCUGAGCCAUCGAAGAAGCAAUCGAAGAUCUUGACUCGUCCCAAGCCACGCCCUGUACUCUCUGAAGAGUUUGCAAAAUCCGACUCUGUCUACUACCGCAAGCCUGGUAAUGAGUCGGUCAUUGGUGCUGGUACCUAUGGCAAGGUGUUCAAGGCCAUCCAUGUCUACACGCAACGAAAAGUGGCGCUCAAGAAAAUACGAAUGGAAGGCGAGAAGGACGGAUUUCCGGUUACGGCUGUACGCGAGAUCAAGCUGCUGCAACAUCUUCGUAACAACAACGUCGUCAGUUUGCUGGAGGUCAUGGUCGAGAGGAACGAGUGUUUUAUGGUGUUUGAAUAUCUGUCACAUGAUCUUACCGGCCUGAUCAACCACCCUACAUUCACGCUGACAGCAGCCCAUAAAAAGGACCUAGCCAAGCAGAUGUUUGAGGGCUUGAAUUACUUGCACCACCGGGGCGUCAUGCAUCGCGACAUCAAAGCUGCCAAUAUCCUCAUCAGCAACCGUGGGCAAUUGAAAUAUGCCGACUUCGGAUUAGCCCGGUUUUUCUCCAAGAGUCGCCAACUGGAUUACACGAACCGGGUCAUCACGAUAUGGUAUCGCCCACCUGAACUCCUCCUCGGUGAAACCAGAUAUGGCCCUGCCGUUGAUGUCUGGAGUGCGGCCUGUGUAUAUGUCGAGAUAUUUACGAAGAAAGCCGUCUUCCCUGGCGAAGGGGGAGAGAUCAGUCAAUUGGAGAAGCUCUACAACUCCCUUGGCACACCCACCCGCCAAGAGUGGCCCGAUAUCGUGGAGAUGCCCUGGUUCGAGCUGAUGCGGCCAACCGAGCGGAGGAAGAGGAUCUUUGAAGAUGUGUACCGGGAUGUCCUGUCACCAGCUGCCUUGGACUUGGUCUCUCAGAUCUUCCGCUACGACCCUGCGAAACGGCCCAGCACGGAGGAGAUUUUGACGCACCCAUACUUUGUCUCGGAGCAGCCAACCCCUCAGCAAGCCAUUGAGCUGGAGAAUAUCGAAGGCGAUUGGCAUGAGUUUGAGUCGAAGGCCCUCCGCCGCGAGAAGGACAAAGAGCGGCGCGCGGAGUACCAGCGAGACAAGGAAAAGCGCAAGGGAGGACCCUCGGCACCUCCAAGCGAGAGGGAUCCCAAGCGCGUUAAGCAGGAUGGGUCCGACGGCCUACCAUAUGCGCAACACAUCGAAUAGAGCUUUGUCUACUCCGGAAAUUCAAAGCCUGAGCAGUGUUGCCUCAAUUCACCAACUCCGGCCCGUCCAUUACAUUGAAAUGACAGCCUGGGAACUCGCACCAUGACGCGCCACGCCGUGCUGGUUUUUGCAAGCGAUCGCCCGCCCUACGACUUCCUUCAUGUGUCCACCUCCCUACCACGUUCCUUCCCCGUUUAAUACACCUACCUACGAUGCCGCGCGCAACAUGACUGGAACGGACGACAUUUGACAUCAUCUUUCUUAGGGGUUCAUUCCGGAUGGUAUUUAUGGUUCUGCAUCAUUAUUCAAAGCCGGUAAUUUGUCUUCCAAGCGCAUUUGUUUCGUGCUAGUGUAUAGAUUCGCUUAACAUAACAAUGCUUUGCCAC